UUUAUGGUUCUCGUUGGACAAAGGUUUUUGUUUCGAGAUAUUCAGCGUUUAACGUGUGUAAAACGUCCAUUUUUGUGGAGUUAUUUUCAAGUAAUGCAUUCCACAUGAAGUCUUUGAGAAAAGUAGAAGAUAAAUCUUCGUGUCAUGGAGUUUAUUAAAGACGAGCCUGAAGACUGGACUGAUCCAGAGCCCUGCAGAGUGAAAGAUGAAGAGAUUGAGGAACAAAUAGGCCUGAUGGAAGUGAAAGAGGAAAGCCAAGAACUGUAUGAAGUUGAGGACAACCGCUAUUUCCAGACACCUGAAAAUUUGAUAGCUGAAGAAAAACCUUUAAUUGACUAUCAGUCUGAAAAUCUUUCACAAGCAGGACGCCUUAAAGAUCCCAUUAAAAGUCAUACCAGAAGGAGGCCUUUCACAUGCCAUCAAUGCGGAAAGAGUUUUGCAAAUAGAGGGCAACUUAAUGUUCACAAAAAAAUUCACUCUGAAGAGAGACCUUUCGCUUGCCUUCGGUGUGGAAAGAGUUUCACAAAUAAAGAAAACCUUAAGUGUCACAUGAAAACCCACGCUGGAGAGAAGCUUUUCUCGUGUUAUGAGUGUGAAAUGAGUUUCACUAGCAAACUAACUCUUCAGAAUCACGUAAAAACUCACUCUGGAGAGAGGCCUUUCCCGUGCCACCAAUGUGAAAAGAGCUUCGAUCAUAAAGGACUCCUUAAUAUUCACACGAGGAGUCACACUGGAGAGAAGCCCUUCGUGUGUCCUCAGUGUGGAAAGAGGUUUAUUCAUCGAGGACAUCUUAAUGAUCACUUAAGGAUUCACACCGGAGAGAAGCCUUUCGCAUGCACUCACUGUGGAAAGUGUUUCACACAUCAAGCAAGCCUCUCAUGGCACAUGAGAACUCACACUGAAGAAACUCUUAAGCGCUACAUGAGAAUGCACCCUGAAGGGAAUCCUUUCAAAUGCCAUCAGUGUGGAAAGAGUUUCCUUCAUAGAGGACACCUUAAUGAUCACUUAAGGGUUCACACUGGAGAGAAACCAUUCACAUGCCCUCACUGUGGAAGGAGUUUCAGUCAUAAAGGAUACUUUCAUGUUCACUUAAGGAUUCACACCGGAGAGAAACCGUUCGUGUGCCAUCAGUGUGGAAAGAGCUUCACGCAUAAAGGAAGCCUGAAGUGGCAUAUGAGAAUCCACACUGAAGGACUUUUCACUUGCAAUGAGUGUGGGAAGAGUUUCGCCUAUAAAAGGAAACUUCAGAUUCACAGAAGAAUUCACACCGAAGAGAACCCUUUAACUUGCCUCCAGUGUGGAAAAACAUUCACAUGUAACAAAAAGUUUAAGUGUCACAUGAAAACUCACUCUAAAGUCAAUCCUUACUCAUGCAAUCAAUGUGGAAAGCGUUUCAAUCAAAGAGGACACCUGAAUGAACACAUGAGAACUCACACCGGAGAGAAGCCGUUCACAUGCCAUCUGUGUGGAAAGAGCUUCAGUCAGAAAGGAACCUUUAACAUUCACCUAAGAAUUCACACCGGAGAAAGGCCGUUCACGUGCCAUCAGUGUGGUGAGAGAUUCAGUAAGAAAGGAAACUUGAAUGUUCACCUGAGAUCUCACACUGCCAUCAACCUUGCAUGCCAUCCAAGUGCGCAGAGUUUAAUUCAAAAAGCGCACCUUAAUGAUCAUAUAAGAAUUCACAUUGUAGACAGGCCAUUCACAUGCCAUCACUGCAAAAAGAAUUUCAUUCAUAGAGGACACCUUAAUGAUCACCUGAGAAUCCACACCGGAGAGAAGCCUUACGCGUGCCAACAGUGCGGAAAGCGUUUCACACAUAAAGGAAGCCUUAAGUGGCACAUGAGAACUCACGCUGAUGAGGAGCUUUUCCAAAGCCGUCAAACCGAGAAGAAAUUUACAAAAAAUGCAGAUGUUGAGAGUCAGAAAAGAAUUCGCACCGUAGAGAAGCUUUACGCGUGCCAACAGUGUGGAAAGCGUUUCACCCAUAAAGGAAGUCUUACGUGGCACAUGAGAACUCACGCUGAUGAGGAGCUUUUCACGUGCCACCUAAGUGAGAAGAAAUGUACAAGUGAUGUAGAGAGUCGCUCUGGAGAGAAGCCUUACACGUGUCCUUUGUGUGAAAAGAGUUUCAGUCGUCAAGCAAUCCUUCAGAGUCAUGUAGAAACUCACUUUGAAGAGAGUCCUUAAAGGUGCUGUAUGUCAUUUUUUGACUAAAGCAUUACAAUAGCGCAAUAUGUUUGCAGAUAUUUAGGAAACAAUCUAAUUCACGUACUUGUUUCUCUGAAAAAAAACAAUGCUAUGGCCAAUAUUACAUACUGCAUCUUUAAACAUGCCCUCAAUUUAGAAAGAAACCCCUUCGAACUACUCCUAACCUUAGAAGAAACCAGGCAAUUUUUCUUUACUACUAUCACCUUAUGAAGGACUUGCUCUUGGCUUGCUCACUGUGGGUAUAAUAACGAAUAACAUUUUUCAUGAAGCUGUAAAUGGAACUGCUCAGUGGUGACCUAUGGUAGAUAUUUCUUCAGCAUUUUCUGUAAAGCUUUGAAGCAGUGUACACUACCAUUAUAUAUGAAAAGCUCUGUAAAUCAAGCUGACUUGGCUUACACAUUUUUCUUGCAUUAAAUACCUUUUAUUAAAUAACGGUAUAGGAUUUAACUUGUACUUUGAAACACAUUUUCAGAGAUGUGCAAACCCCCAAAAUGCUGUUGUCAUGUAAAUUAAUGGCCAAACACAUAAAAAGUUUUCAGGUUUAGUUAA